CUGCACGGCUUGUUGCACUGACUCGGGGGUGUACUGCAGAGGGUCUAGGGGACAACAGGUCGAGAGAGAGACUGCGAGAAACGCGCACUGCGCAGGGGACCAAAGGGGGGAGGAAAGGAACGACGAGGAGGACCGGGAGGACGAGAGAAGGGAAGGGGGGAGAGAGACCGGACGACGAAGAGAGGGAAGGGAGCGUGCUCAAGCACGGCCCCACGGGAAGACCGUGAGGCCGCCGCCGGUCGGAGGAGGGAGCGCCGACGCCGGGACGCCCUGCGCCUCGGCCUCCAUGCUCUGCGCGAGCAGCUGCCCGUGCAUGAGCGCGAGCCGGCCCCUCGGCGCGCCGCUCGUGGUGCCCGUCGCCGAGCCAGCUGCUACAGCAUGCUGCAGCCGCUUGAGCUUGGCCUUGGCCUCGGCCUCGCGCAGGGCGUCGAGCCAGCUGCGCGUCGGCGAGUGGCCCGGGCUCGUGCUGCGCAUCGACGGUUGCGACGGCGUCGUCGACUGCGACGGCUCGACGAGCAUGUGCGCGUCGUCGCUCGCGCGACGGCCGGCGCCUCGAGGAGCGGCGGCGGCGGCUUUGCUCGUCGUCGACGACGAGGGACGGCCCUGGCUCAAGCUCCUGCUGCGCACGUCCUUAACCUUGGUCGAGCGCGUGCGCUUGACGGGCCCAUACGACGACGACCUUGCGGCCGCCGAGCCGUUGAUGAUGAGCGACGAGAGGGCGGCGACUUGCUCCAUGCGCUGCUCGCCAAAAAGGAGCGACGGGUCGAUCGUCGCGCUCCAGUCGGGCAACGACGACAGGCUCGUCUCGAACGCGUCGAGCGGGUGCAUGGGCGACGGCGCAGAGGUGAACGGGAGGGCGAGGGACGACGAGGCGAGGGGCGAAGGCGUCGAGAUGGGGGCGCUUGGCGGCGUCGGGAGGUCGUACAGGGUCGGCGACGCGCUCUGGGUCGUGGUGCCGCUCGAGCAGGACGACGACGAGGUCGACGAGGUCGAGCCAAACGCCAAGCCGCUAGUAGCAGCGGGCGAGCCGGCGAGCGCGUACGGCAGCGACAGGGCGAGGUCGCUCGACGAGAUGAACAUGGCGGUCCGGCACGAGGUCGUGGCUGCUCGUGGUGGUGCUCAACGGGUGCAGGCGGCCUUGGACGUCGGCGAGACGAAGCAAAGCACGAGCGAGGUAGAGAGGGAGGACAGGUCGACCAGCUCCGUGCUUUGCUUCGGGCAAGCUUCCUCUUUUGCCGGCGAGGAGGCGUCUCCCACUUUUGAGCGCUCGCGCCGCUCCGCUCGGCCGGCCCGCGUGCGCACGACAUGGACAAAGCACCUCGCAAGUGGCAGCGUCGUCCUCCUGGGCCCGACCGCCUGCAGCAGCUCCCACUCGAGCUCCUCCACCUCGUGA